UAUAUAUAUAUUUAAUAAUCUUUGACAACAGCCGACAUUUAUUAAUCAGACCGCUGGUGCCUCCAAAAAAGCAACCCCGGGACGCUGUAGCCAUGACAACGCAAACAAAAAGAACGAACUUUCUGUCAGCAACAACAUCGAUAUUUCUGUAAGUGAAGCCCUAACCAAGAAGCAAACAAAAUGAUUCCACCAGCCGAGUCUCUCCUGAAAUACGAAAAUCCAGUUUUGGUCAGCAAAAGCACAGACAGAAAAUCCCCAAAGGGACGUCCUUUAAGAGUGAGCCCUCAGCAGCCGGCCAACUCUCCCCCUGUUCCACCCCCUCCUAAACCAAAAUCAGCCACCACUGAUGCCACCAAGCAGGAAAAUGAGGAGAUCCUGAACGCCAUCCUUCCACCCAGGGAAUGGAUGGAGGGAAACCAACUGUGGGUGCAGCAAGUGUCCAGCGCACCUUGUACAAGAACAGAUGUUAUUCAUUUAGAGGAACAGCUGGACAUAAAGUUGCAGCAAAGACAGGCCAGAGAAACAGGGAUCUGCCCGGUUCGCAGGGAGCUCUAUUCCCAGUGCUUUGACGAGCUGAUCAGACAGGUGACCAUCAACUGUGCUGAAAGGGGUCUGCUGCUGUUGAGGGUCAGAGAUGAGAUACAAAUGACUAUCGCUGCCUACCAGACACUGUACGAAAGCAGCGUGGCUUUUGGAAUGAGGAAAGCACUGCAGGCUGAGCAGGGCAAGGCUGACAUGAUGAAACGAAUCUCUGAUCAGGAGGAUGAGAAACAAGACCUGAUGAAGCAAUUAAAUGAACUGAAAGCUAAAUGUGAUGCCAUUGAAAAGAGAGAAAAUGAAAGGAGACAGCUGGAGGACAAGAAGCACACUGAAGAGAUUCAGUUCUUGAAGAGAACUAACCAGCAGCUCAAGACCCAACUGGAAAGGAUCAUUACACCAAAGAAGUAACUUCGCCAUCCAAGAAAUUUAUUAAAUUAUAUUAAUGAAUGUAAACAUAACUGAGUGGAAUAAGCAAAUAUUUUUAUUACAGCAUGGCAUGACAAGUACAGUUCAUUCAACCAUACAUUUCUCUUUAACAGUAUGAGAGCAUUACACCUUUAACUGAUGAAUGAAAUGUCAUUCAAAAACAGUCCUGGGUGGAGGGACAGUCAGGGCCAAG